AUGACCAUAAGUACAGGGCUUGCCAUCCAACAGUUAUUGACGCUUAGGCUGGAAGAGGGUCGUUUCAAUUAUCGAUUCUUACUAGAGGAAGCGAGCAACAUGGCGAGCCAAGCGACGAUUUCAGACAAUGAGGAGAUUCUUGAAGAUGGUACUAUUUUAUGA